UGUUACUCUCAACUUCCUGUUUACCGAUCGCGCUCACCUCGGGACGGUGCACCGAUUGCAACACUUCUCCGUCGUGUUGUUUCUGAUCAGCAUCGAUCCGUUAUUAUCGUUAUUGCCGUUAUUGGUCAGUCUUAGAACGUUCAGCAGCUUGUCGUUUCAGGUGUCACUACUCCCGCCACACGAGCACGUGACAUUGAGUGAGCGCGAGCAGGCCAGGAGUCCUGGAGGUUUCCUGAGGAGGCAGAGGGACCAGGACCAGGACCGGGGGCCAAGGAGCUGAGGCAGAAGGACCUGGACCAGGACCGGGGGCCAAGGAGCUGAGGCAGAAGGACCAGGGGCUGAGGAACCAGGACCAGGGGCUACGGACCUGAGGCGGUGGGAACAGGGGCUGAGGAGCUGGGAUGUGGGACAGGACGGGUGGUUCCGCGGUGGGUUUAGAUUGACGCUAACAAAAUAUAUAUCCUACCGAGACUAACACAGACAAGCAACAAACCAGUCUAACAGCUAGCCACACAGUGUUGACACUCGGCAGGGGUUGCUGGUUCACAGGCUGGCUAACGGGGUGCGUGUAAAGGGGGUCUGAACUCGGGAGGAAAGCCCGCCCCCCUGAAGCGGGCAGUCAGGAAGAAGCUGGCGGGGAAGGGAUGGCCUGGCCGGUCCUCCCGCCCCAGAGUACACGGUGCUGCGGUUUUUGAAGGAGGGACAGUCCGCCUGGAGCCCACGGGGGGUCGCGGCAGAAUGAUGGCCGGGUCACCCUCCUCGUCCGGGAGCUUCACGUCUCCAGUGCUCUCGAUCAAGAAGGGCGAGGAGAUCGCGGAUUUGAUCGAUUUGUUUUCUAAGAUACAGUACAGAGCAAAAGAAGUCAGUCCUCGGGUGGACGCAGUGGAGAAGCGAUGCUUGGAGCUCUUUGGAAGAGACUACAAGUACAGUGUCAUCCAUAACACCAAUGGAGAGGUCUGCGGCCACUACCCCCGCCAGAUAGUCUACCUGGAGUAUGAAUGCAUGGAUUCUCAGAGAGACCGGUUUCAGAGCUCAGUACAGAUCAGUAAGCUUCAGGACCUGGUGAACAGGAGCAAGCUGGCGCGCUGCAGAGGAAGGUUCGUCUGCCCGGUCAUCCUCUUCAACGGCAAGCACAUCUGUCGGUCCUCCACGCUGGCGGGCUGGGGGGAGCUUUACGGACGCACCGGCUACAACUACAUUUUCUCAGGGGGCAGUGACGACACGUGGACUGAACAGGACGAGGUCUUGGAAGAGGACAGUGCUGCCAGAAACAGUGAAUCACAGCUCUUCGACAAGGUGCGCGGCCACGACAUCAAGCUGCUGCGCUACCUGUCUGUGCGCUACAUCUGUGACCUCAUGGUAGAGAACAAGAAGGUCAAGUUCGGCCUCAAUGUAACGUCCUCUGAAAAGGUGGACAAGGCCCAACGCUAUGCAGACUUUACCCUGCUCUCUGUGCCUUACCCAGGGUGUGAGUUCUUUAAGGACUACAAAGACAGAGACUACAUGGCCGAUGGACUGGUUUUCAAUUGGAAUCAGGACUAUGUGGACGCUCCUUUGACGAUCCCCACAUGCUUUACUCCCAACUUGAACAUUGACUGGACCGAAUACCAGUCGUGGGACCUGGUAGUGCAGACCCAGAACUACCUGAAGCUGCUGCUCCACAUCAUCAACAGUGAUGAUGAGAGUGGUCUCCUAGUGCAUUGCAUAUCAGGCUGGGACCGCACGCCUCUGUUUGUCUCCCUGCUCAGGCUCUCCCUGUGGGCGGAUGGUGCUGUUCAUGCCAGCCUUCAGCCAGCGGAAAUCCUGUACCUGACCAUCGCCUAUGACUGGUUCCUCUUCGGCCACAUGCUGCCUGAUCGACUCUCCAAGGGGGAGGAGAUCUUCUUCUUUUGCUUCAAUUUUUUGAAGCACAUUGUCUCAGAGAAGUUCUCUGCCAUUAGGAAGCCCAGAAGGAAGAACUCCCACUUCAAAGACAAUGAUUUCACUGUAGAUGACCUCUGCCAGUUAAAGUCCAGGGAUCGCGGCAGCGUGACCAGCCUGAGCAGCGACUUCUCCCUCAUCACCGAGGAGACGGGAGGGGGCGUGGCCGGGGGCGGAGCCUCCAGCCUUACCACCGACGUGGCCGAGCUGCAUCCCAGGAAGAAGGGCCCCACCUCAUCGCCCCAGACAAUGGUGUGGAGUAAGCCCCCCCACCUGGAGGACCACCUGUACCACCCGCUGGGCGAGGCCCGGUCUUCCAGCUCCUCCUCCUCCAACCAAUCGGAGCAGGGCAUCACGCGCGCAGGGAGCAGCCCGUUGGCCGUCCCUGGCAGAAGGUUAGCGGCGGAGUACCCCCGCUCCGGCUCCUCCCUCUCCACCGACUACGGCAGCUGGCAGAUCGUGUCGGGCUGCGGCAGCAUCCAUGACCACGGCCACUUCAUGCCUCCGGCCUCCGCCUCCUCCACCUCUUCCUGCGCCGUGGCCACCGCCGCCUACGACCCACCCCUCCCCUUCAGCUUCCAGGAUGAGGGCCCCAGCGGGCGCAUGUGUGGCUUCCUGUCGGAGCGUCAGGCCCGUCUGGAGGCGGUGCGGGAGCUCUUCCUGGCCGCCUACAGCUCCACCGUGGGCCUCAAGUCGUCGGCCCCCAGUCCCUCCGGAGCCAUCUCGGGGCUCCUGGAGCAGUUUGCCCGCGGCGUGGGCCUCCGGGGAACCAACAACAUCGUGUGACUGAGUCCCCUCCUGCUGCUCCCAGCUCCCCGGUCCGUCCGUUGCCCCCUGACGCUCAGCUGAUACGCCCUAACUGCUCCGGACAUUUCGCAUUAAAGUGCCAAAAAAGAUUUAUUCGAUUCUGGGGCUGAAAUGUUUAUUUUUUUAUUCUGAUUAAUUUUUUGUUCAUCCUUUUAAUUACAUUUAAAAGGCUCUUUCUUAUAUUUUGAGUUUUUUUAUGUAUUUGUCUCCUGCACAUUGAAACGUCCCCCUGUGGGUCUUCAGUUCAGUGUGUUCAGGGCAGCUCUGUGUCGCCUCGGGGCUCCACGGUGUCACCACGUAGGGGACGUGAACGUGGCCCCCUUCACGAGACAGCCUCCUCUCUGCAGGCCCUUCUUCCUCCUCUCAUCCUCCUCUCAUGCGAGUCUCACGUCCGUCGCUCGUGGUGCUGCUGUUCUUCUCCACUGAUCUGGACGGUCCAUCUGAUCGAUCCACCGAGAUCAAUUGCUCUUCAUGUGUUCACACGGACACGCCACUCGUUGAAGAAAAGAAAGAAUAAGAAAAGGUAACUGUUUCAUAACGGCUUUAGUGGACGGUUCGGUUCAGUACGAGCAGGCUUGGUGGCGGACGUCUGUUGUCGUGAGUCCAAUCAAGAGGAGAUCAAUUCUGCUGUUGUGAUCCUGUCAUUGACAGCAUCACCUGGUUUCACCUCGUUCAGGGAGCCCCUCCCUGAUUACCUCAUUAAACGUCAAGAUUUCAACGGCCAAACUGUGUUCCCAUGGUAGCCAGGGGUCUCACAGCAUGUGGUGGUCUGUGGGAGCGCUGUCAGGUGGCCCCUCGGUCUGGAGCCAGGCUCACUUUCUGUUUUGAUCAUUUACACACACAUGGGCGGGGCUGCUCCUCUGGUGUGUGUGUGUGUGUGUGUGUGUGUGUGUGUGUGUGUGUGUGUGUGUGUGUGUGUGUGUGUGUGUGUGUGUGUGUGUGUGUGUGUGUGUGUGUGUGUGUGUGUGUGUGUGUGUGUGUGAGAGAGCUGUUAGAUGAUGACAUGAUAUUCUAGCAUUACUUUCUCAGAGGAGGUCAUCACUAUAUCGGUUCAUUAUCAAUAUGCGUUUGCUAACAUCGCUCCACCUCAGGAUCUUGGUGCCUUUCUUCUCAGCAGCUCUACUGUGAGGCUGAGGACAGACGUAUUACACCUUCCUUCAACAAGAGUCCUCCAUUGGCGUUGGGUAUAAUCAUCCUGUCACUGACGGGGCCACAGGUCGUUAUGUUGGCUCAUCGUCUCAAUAAUUGGGUAGCAGAUCAUUAACGGGGGAAGAGGGAUUCAGGAAGAACACGAUGCAUCCUCCCUUGUGGGUUUUAAACUAGCUGAGGUUUGUGAUCUGGCUUCAGCACAACACAAGGAUUGAACAACCACCGCUUCUAACGCCACUUUCACGUCUUCAGUUUGGAAUGGGGAAUGAACCCGUCAACUCUUAGAUUUCCCUUUUUAAGUUGUUUUUCAAUGUAUGUGUGGUAGGGUUGAAUGUUUGCUUUAAAUAUAUCAUGCAUUAAGGCCCCUUUUAUCAUGCAUUCUCUAAUAAGUAAAAUCACAGAGAAAAGUUCUGAAAUAAUUGUAUUUAAAGUGUUGAUGGAUCGGUUAUUUAACUUGGGGACGUCACACUUCUUUAAUACUUCAAAACUCUUAAAUAUGAAAGCUCACACACGCGGAUAUGCUUAUCAUCUGGCAACACCGUUUUAUACAAAAGGCAUUUCUUUGUCUAUAUGUCUUUUGGACAAAAUUCUCUUUUGUAUGAAGUAUAUCAUAGAAAAGCUCAGUUUCAAAAGAAUGGAUGGAUGUCCCUGUCUAUGUCUGAUAGAUGUCUGCACUAGGUAUAUCUGCUCUGUUGGGAUGUCUGGAACAAGCAGGCUGAUUCUCCUGUUGGUUCUACAAACUGGUUUAGUGUCUGGACCAGGUACCAGCAGGCUGUAAUCCUCCCGUUGGUUCUACAAAACCUUUAUUCUUCAUCAUCAACUUGGUUGUCGAGGCCUUUAGAGUUUCCUUUGUUUUUCCACUGGUUUUAAGAUUAUUCUAUGUUUUUCUUUUAUGAUUUGUUGUCUUUGAGAUUUUAUUUUUAAACGCUGUACUCAUUGUCAUGUUGUCGUUGUUGAGACCUUUUCGCUUUGUAUAUUUUUAAAUAAUUUUGACAUUUUGUUAUUAAAUUGCCCUUAAUUGUUCGCAGUGUUUUCCGGCUACAUUCAAAGGUGAGCUGAGAGGUAGGGGCUAAUUGUUAAUAAAGAAGUGAACACAAAAA